AUGAUGAAUGAUAAUGAUGAUAUCAGAAAGACCAGUGUUGCACCAUGUGUCAAUCAAAGCAACCCAAAUGACAAGCUAGUUCAGCAACUAUUGAAAAAGUUGGAUGAGGGUUCAGAAACAAUACUAAAUUUACGUUCGCUCUUGACCUUGAAAACUGUGGAACUAAACGAGCUAGUACAUCAAUUGGAGCUGAUUGACCAAGUCCUGAUGAAUGUGGAAAAUGGCACAGAGCAGAUUGAAAUUGUACUCAAAGACGUGCUAGUCAGCAAAAACCAGCAAGACAAACUACUGAACGCUGAAGCAACACUAGAUUCUGCAAUCAAGACUGCCUGCAGCCUUUACUCCAUAGAUUUAUACUCGGUAAACAACAAACAGCCUUCUCCUAUAAAAACCACGUCUAUGCUCAAGAAGAUCGCCGGCAUCUUGAGCGAACUUGAUAUCGAAUCCACCAUUGAUUUGUAUAAAAAUGAUGAUAUCAAGGUGCUACAAAAGGCGUAUAUGGAUCUCGAUUUAGCAAAAACCAUUGCUACGUCCAUAAAAACUGACUUUAAACACAGAAGCACAUUGAUGAAAAAGAAGCACACUUCAGUAUCAUCAAUGGACAAGAUCAAACAGCUUGGUAGCAGCAUACGAAAGCAAUUUGCAGUCUAUCAAUCGUAUACUAGAAAUGCGCCUCUCAUCAUGUAUGGCAAAGAGGACAUCAUUACUAUAUUAGACCGCGAGGACCAUAUUAUAGCCUCAAGAAAAAUGGUGCAUACUACACCCAACAAUCAACAACAACAAUCAACAGAGAAACCCGCACGUAUGCAUUGCUCCUCCACAAACACACCCAAAAAACGUCAAUCGUCCGCAUCUUCAUCAUCACCCAUCAAACUAAGAUCAAAGUCGACUACCAACACUACGGCGACUACUACCACUACAGCUAAAUCCACUUUGCAGAUGAUAUCGAGACCAACACUCACCUUUAUGGCUAAAUGCAAAGAGAAAAGAGCAGUGAAUAAUGGGCCUGGUUCAACAUUGAGAUUGCGUAAUAUGCUAGCCAAACGAAAUCCAGCGUUGAAAAUGAUCAAUGAACAAAUGAUGAUAGGUAGCACAGUGUGCUAG